AUGUUACAGCGACUCCGUCAUGCUGUCGGUUGGGGACUUCCUACGCCUCCAACGGGUACAAGAGUAGACUUUCAAGUGUGUGCACCACUUGGACAUGGACAAACACUGUGGCUCGUGGGAGAUUUGCCGACUCUAGGUGGUUCUGUAGACGUGGUACCAAACACGGGCGGAACUGGGACUGAAGGUGGUCUUCAAUUGGUCACGACACCCAAUUUGUACCCAAUUUGGUACAAUUUAGAGCCUGUACUAGCACCUGCUGGUUCGGUCGUACGCUACCGCUACGCUGUGUGCUCAGGAAGCCGCUUUCUGCGGUAUGAAGGCUCGACGGAGUCAGGACCUAUUACGCGAGAGCUCACGGUCGGUGUAGGCUACAUACAGAGGCAGGACACGCUGGAUGCUUGGCCUGGACAUGGAUCCUUGCUAUGUAGUGAUGACGAGACAGGGACAGCUAUUAUGGUGACAGAUGCAGCAGCAGCAAAGACAGGCCAGACUGAUGAACCCAGUGGUGACGAAAAGCCUUCAUCUCCUGCUUUCUGGGGCAUCAUCCCGCGACUUAGUUCAGGCCAGGCGUUUGUGGACCGACGUGCGAGUGUAAGUGAAAAUGGAGGUGGCACGAUGCAACAUCGUGGCAACAGUCGACAGCCAGUAGGAUCCAGCAGACUAUUGCCAGAGGUUGUUGUCGAAAAGAACGAAGAGAAAGUUAGCUCAACGUUGAAGGUAUGUGGAUCAGCACGAUUACGAGGUGGAGAAGACGUGUCCAGUCCUGUUGCUAAGCUGCGUGCGGUCUCGGAAGACACGUCAAGAUUAAAUUUAGCUUCCUCAUCUCCGAAAGCAACAGGUGCGAACGUGGCGAUGGAAGCGACGGAUGGGGUUAUCAUUGCCGUCCACAGACUGCCAGUUCUUGUGCAUAGAACUGUAGAAGGCCAUUACCACAUUGAGUGGGAAGAUGACAACCUUAUUUGCCCAUCCGGACUACUGAAAGACUCGUAUUGUGAAGCGAAUUGGGACCGUGUCAGUUCGAUGAGACUCACAUGGGUAGGAACUGUCCAUUGCGCAGAGCCUAUUCCGAAGGAAGACGAAGAACGACUGACCAAACAGCUAGAGGACUUCCAUUGCGUCCCUGUAUUCCUGGCCGAGCCGCUGAACUCGACAUUUCACAACUUUUGCUAUGGUACCCUCUGGCCUGUGUUUCACAAUAUCGUAGAUGUAUACGGUGCGUUGCCUACACGUUGGUGGAAUCCUAGUCAGCAACGCAACGCCUGGGCCAGCUACAAGACAGUCAACCGUAUUUUUGUGAACAAGGUCAUUGAGGUGUAUAACGAAGGCGAUCUGGUGUGGGUUCAUGGGCUUCAUUUGCUGGUCGCACCAAGUUUCUUGACGCGACGGCUGCCCUGCGUCAAUGUCGGUAUCUUUUUGCAUACGCCAUUCCCGAGUUCGGAGAUCUUCCGAACACUUUCAGUGCGUGCAGACCUGCUACGUGGUGUGCUAGCUGCGGAUCACAUUGGUUUCCACUUGUACGAACAUGCGCGCCAUUUCCUGACAAGCUGUCGUCGCAUCCUGGGGCUCAAGUACAGUGCACAACCUGGCGGUUAUAUUGGAGUUGAGUACAAUGGCCGCAUGGUCAUGCUAACCAUAAGCCAUAUUGGUAUCGAGCCCUCGUUCAUGGACCGGAUUAGCUGUAGCGAUCAGGUCGAACAGGAAGCAACAGUACUCGCGGAGAAAUACGAGAGUAGUAAGCGUACGGUGUUUGUGAGCGUGGACCGUGUGGAGAGGUUGAAAGGCAUCUUACUCAAGCUUGGUGCCAUUGAGUUUUUCUUAGCUCAGUAUCCGCAGUACGUGGACAAGGUGCAGUUUGUGCAGAUUGGUAUCUGGGACAGUUCCAAUCCGACCCCGGAGAAGGACAGUGUUCGUGCUGAAAUCUUGGCACAUACGAAGCGUAUUAACGACCGUUUUGGUGUGCAGCACAAAGAACCAAUUUUUGCAUACUCGGAGGUGGAAAACACUGACAUGGCAUCUAGACUACCGCUUUGGCGUGUAGGUCAUGUGCUGCUCACCACCUCAGUACGGGACGCCGUCAAUCUUUACCCGUUCGAGUUUAUCUACGCGCAUGAGUUGGCCAAGUCGCCUGGCAUAGCGAUCGUAUCUGAGUUCUCAGGCAGCAGUCGUGUGCUCACGGGUAGCAUUGGAGUGAAUCCGUGGAAGCGGGAGGAGAUUAUUCAGGCUAUGGAAUUGGCAUUGACUAUGUCAGACGAGGAGCGGGCUGCGCGCCACCAGAAAGAUGUGGAGUAUAUAAUUACGAAUUCGCGAACUAAAUGGGCUGAGCGUAUACUCGUUGAUUUAAAACGCACGAAGAAGCAGACUGCGGAGGGUGAGUACAUAGGAUACGGCCUCGGACUGGGUUUUCGAAUGCUUGAGUUUAACGCCGGUUUUAAGAUGUUGGAAACUGACGUCUUGGCCAAGGCUUAUCGGGAGACAUUUCGCCGCGUGAUUUUCUUCGACUACGGUAACACGCUUACACUAGAGGAGCCUGCUGACGCGCACAACUUUUCGAAGUAUAUCACGGGCAACGAGCAAAACGCUUUCUUGUCGAAAGCAGAAACUCCGAAGGCAUCGUCUGACCUCCUUGCGUCUUUGACUCUGUUGUGUGCUGACCCUCGUAACACAGUGUUUGUGCUGAGUGGCAAGGAACGCUUGGAUUUAGAGAAGACAUUAGGGUCGGUGCGUGGUUUGGGGCUCGCCGCUGAGCAUGGCUACCUCUACAAGUGGGGAACAGGCAUGAAUACUUCAAGCAGUCUGACACCGCCAUCAGCUAAAAACAGCUUGAAUAGUAUGGGGAGUGAAGGGGAAGAAGGCGUGUGGCUAUGCACGAAGGACAACUUUGAUGACUCGUGGAAGGAUGUGACGCACGCUGUCAUGGAUAUUUAUACGCAACGCACGCACGGCACAUAUAUUGAGCUAAAGGGCAGUGCGCUGCUGUGGCAGUACCGUGAUGCCGACCCCGAGUUCGGGCAGCUGCAAGCGAAGGAGUUGCAUGAUCAGCUUCUGCAGGUGUUGGAACACUUCCACGUGGAGGUGGUAACGGGUACAGACUACCUUGAAGUGCGUCCGGAGGGUGUCGACAAGGGUGUGAUCGUGGAUCGUGUCAUGUCGACAAUUGAGUCUACUAGUGGCCAGUAUGCGGAUUUCAUUUUGUGUGUGGGCGACGACUUGUCGGAUGAGUUCAUGUUCCAGUACCUUGAGGACUUGCGGAGCCGACCGAAUAUGUUCACUGUGACUGUAGGCAAAAAGCCUAGUGCAGCCAAAUAUUUUGUGGACGAUGUGGACCAAGUCAUGGAAAUUGUGCAUGCAAUGACCAAAGUAUCUACAGCCGCCAAGCGUAACUUCUCCAUGAACGACUUGCGAAUUUUUGAUCGCAAUGUUACCACGAGCGGAGGACUUCCAUCGUUUCAACGAAAUGAGGCAGGGUCAAACCGGUCGUCGGAUAAUUUGAGCUAUGUAAGCGACGACAGCUUCGAAGGCAUGAAGUCGUCUCCGUGUGAGAGUUUAGCAGAGCGCGGUAGGGCGCUUACAUCAGAAGGAAACUUCCAGUUGAGCAAAGCGAAUUCUUUGGUAGGUCGUGGCAUUGCUGGUAGAAGUUCGGGCGGCAUGGGAGGAGUGCGCAACUCGAUGUCCAUGAGUUCGUUGUCGUCGACCGGGAUGCCCUCGCUGCAUCCCACGUCGUCCACCUACGAGCAGUACCUCAGCAACGUUGACGAGACAGCAGAAGAAGAGGAAGGCGGCAUUUUCUUCUAA